AUGCCGACCUCAAAGGAGAUUUACAACUGGUACAUCGCCUUAGUUGCGGCGAUGUGUAUGGUUUUAUAUGGAUACGAUGCCUCUGUAUUCAACGCCGCCCAGGGCUCUGAGAACUGGCUAGAAUGGUUCGAUCUCGAUUCUAAAAACGACGCAUAUCUGAUCGGCCUCGUGAACACCGCAUAUACAAUUGGAGCCAUUGUCUCCGGCUUCUUCCUUGGUGGCCCAGUCGCCGAUUACUUUGGAAGACGCUGGGGAAUGGGUCUUGGAUGCUUCAUCACCAUCAUUGCAACAUUCAUCCAGGCUUUCGCUCCACGACAUAAUAUCGGCGCCUUCAUUGGUGGCCGUGUCUUAAUUGGUCUUGGCCAGGGAUUAGCAUUGACGGCCGGUCCUAUUUACAUUGGAGAGGUGUCACUGCCCGAGGUCCGCGGCCGCGUCAUGACAUUUUGGCAGACAUUCUACAGCGUAGGCAGCUUCAUCGCUUACUGGAUCGCUUACGUAUCCAACAUCUAUAGGAAGAGGCUAGGCAACUGGGACUGGCGCAUUGUUGUCAUAUUCCAGAUCCUCGUGCCGCUCAUCAUCAUCAUCCUCCUACCCUGGCAACCAGAAUCGCCACGAUGGUGGAUCAAGCGUCAUAACAACGUUGAAGAGGCGAGGAAGGCGUUGCGAUGCAUUCGAGAGACGGAGCAAGACAUCGAGGAUGAGAUCCUAUCUAUUCGCGAAGCCAUUGAAUACGAGAACGAGGCCAUCAGCGGAUCCUACAAGGCCUUAUUCAAGGAUCCGUCGGUUCGCAAACGUCUGGGUCUUGCCUGCGUCAUCAACGUGGGACAGCAGCUUUCCGGUCAAGGAACCCUUAACUCAUACUCAAGCGCAAUUUACAAGAAAAUCUGGACUUCGAGCGAGACUAUCAACCUCAUCAAUGCCCUCAAUGCUACUUUUGGCAUAUUAUUCACCCUGAAUGCACUCUGGACGGCCGACCGAUACGGUCGCCGAUGGUUGUUGAUCAUUGGAGCCCUCGGUAUGGCGGCGUGCAUGCUCAUCGUGCCUAUCGUGGGCUUGACGACGCCCAACGUGAUCGCGGCCGACGGCUCCAUGAACAAGGCGCAGCCCGUCGGUAUAGCUAUUGUCUUCCUGCUGUUCUUAUUCAUCUUGUUCUACAAGCCAUCAUGGGGCGCUACCGUCUGGAUGUGGACUUCGGAAAUCUUCAGCAUGAAUGUCCGGGCACAGGCCGUGGGCAUGUGCUCGCAGAUGCAGAACGUCGCCAACACCAUUUUUCAGCAGUUCUUCCCCAUCUUCCUGGCCAACGAGGGGCUGAAGUGCCUAUUUUUCUUCUUCGCCACCAACAUUCUGCUAGCCCUCUUCGUCUUCUUCUUCAUCCCCGAGACUAAGCAGGUGUCACUCGAAGAGAUGGAUGCCCUCUUCGGGGGCCAGAACCACGUUGAGAAGGGCGGCCAGAUGCUCGGUGGCUCCAAUGCGCGGCAUACCGAGCCUGGCGGCGAUCCUGAGAAAGAUGUGACAUCGCAUGAAGAGAAUGCUAAGGAGAUUUUCCCUGUUUAA